CCUCUGCGGCGGCGGAGCAGCUCCCCUCUGGUCUGCCUGCAGAAGGUCACCAUGGGCAUAACUUACCUGUGCCCACCCCUGGUCUUCCUCCUUCUCCCUCUUGUUGUGCUUGGGGCACCCACUGAUGAACCCAACCUCACUGAACCAGCCCCUGGUGCUUGCAAGCGCUGUUGUGACCCGCUGGACUCUUCCACAGAUGUCCCACCACUCCCUCCCAGCCACCACCGCUUGCCCUACCCAAUGCUGGAGGUCCGUCCCUAUAUCAACAUCACUAUACUGAAGGGAGAGAAAGGAGACCGGGGAGAGCCUGGAAUGCCGGGGAAAUGGGGCAAAGAAGGACCACGAGGUGAGCGGGGUGCCCAGGGCCAGAAAGGCAGUAAAGGACAGAUGGGCACAGCAGGAGAACCCUGCAAGCACCAGUACGCUGCCUUCUCUGUUGGUCGCAAGAAAGCGCUACACAGCAGUGAGGGCUUCCAGGUCUUGAUCUUUGACACCGUCUUCGUCAACCUCUACAGCCACUUUGACAUGUUCAAUGGUAAAUUCUACUGCUAUGUAGGUGGACUUUACUAUUUCAGCCUCAAUGUCCAUACCUGGAACUUCAAGGAGACCUACAUGCACAUCAUGCACAAUGAAGAAGAGGCAGUCAUCUUAUAUGCCCAACCCAGUGACCGCAGCAUCAUGCAGAGCCAGAGCCUCAUGCUGGAGCUUCAGGAAAAUGAUGAGAUCUGGGUGAGGCUUUACAAGCGGGAGAGGGAAAAUGCCAUUUACAGUGAUGAUGUUGAUGUGUACAUCACCUUCAAUGGGUACCUGGUCAAGCCCAGCCUUGACUAACUGCCACUCCUCCUCCUUGGGGCCUCUUUGGCCUUUUCCUUCUUCCUUUCUCUCUCUCUCUCUUUACUGCCCAUAACCACUGCAAAUCCCUUGGAAAUGAGCCUGUCAAGUCUCAGGCACUGAGUGUGAAAAUUGCCCCACUGACUCCCACCUCACUCUCUCUUGUAGCCAGGCCUGUAUCUGCCCACUUACAGCGUGACACUACCACCUCUCUGCCUCUCACCUCAUGACCCCAGCUUAGGUUAUUGGCUUCUUCUAAAUCUGCCAGUAAGCUGUGGCUGGCUUUUAGAGCCCAAGAGCAGGAGGAAAGCCAAAAUGCUGCUUCUGGGAACGUGUCCCUUCUCAGGGCUUUAUACACAAAUGACUCCAGUGUAAAGGGCUAGAAAGUCCCCAAUGUCCAGGUGCAUCCUGGCUUCUCUCCCUUUCAACUAGAUAUGCCAGUUUUGUAGCCUGCAGCAUGGCCUUCAUGUCACCUCUCACACCUGUAGUCUGGAGAGUGGACUGGGAUCUGAUAGAUUCCUGUAGCACAAGGAAUAUGUAGGAGUAGUGAGAGAUAAUACUGUCUUUCCAAAAAGGGAGCUGUUGGCCUUCUGAAGUUUGUCAUUGGCUUUCCUUAGGUCCUCUUCUGGGUCACAGAGUCCAGAUUGGCUGUAAAAUCUAGACCUGGUGGGAUUGUCCUCCUCCAUGCCAGCUCAAGCUGUUUGAGGAGAU